GCAUGCCACAUGGCACAUAUCCGAAACCAAACAAAAUAAGCGCGCUUUCCCCUCAUCUAAUUUCAAUCCUGGAGUUAGCCGAGGGAUUAAAGAUGGAGACGGAGGAGGGCUCCGCGUGCAUUCCAAUUCUCAAACCAACCGAUGAAUCAGAAUUGGAGAAGCAAUGGCGGCUGUACGAGGCGUACAACGAGCUGCACGGUCUGGCGCAGGAGUUCCAGACCCCAUUUGAGGCGCCGGCAGUGCUGGUGGUGGGCCACCAGACAGACGGUAAGAGUGCUCUGGUGGAAGCUCUCAUGGGCUUCCAGUUCAACCACGUCGGCGGCGGCACCAAGACCAGGCGCCCCAUCACUCUCCACAUGAAGUACGACCCUCUCUGCGAGCUCCCCCGCUGUCGUCUCGUCUCCAAUUCCGAUGCCGACUCUGAUCCCUCCAUUUUGGUUGCAGAGAAAAUGUCUCUCCUGGAAAUUCAGGCAUACAUUGAAGCUGAAAAUAUGAGGUUGGAGCGCGACCCUUGUCAAUUUUCAACCAAAGAAAUAAUUAUUAAAGUGGAAUAUAAAUAUUGCCCAAAUCUUACCAUUAUAGACACUCCCGGACUUAUUGCUCCUGCUCCAGGUCCAAAGAAUCGAGCGCUACAGAGUCAAGCUCGUGCAGUGGAGUCCCUCGUGCGAGCUAAAAUGCAGCAUAAAGAGUUCAUUAUACUAUGCCUUGAAGAUUGUAGCGACUGGAGCAAUGCAACCACCCGGAGGGUGGUUAUGCAAAUUGAUCCUGAGCUUUCAAGAACGGUCAUUGUCUCUACCAAGCUUGAUACAAAAAUACCCCAGUUUGCACGUUCAUCAGAUGUGGAAGUUUUCCUUUCACCACCUGCAUGUACACUUGAUGGCUUCAUACUGGGUGACUCUCCCUUUUUCACAUCUGUGCCUUCAGGAAGAGUUGGUUCUGGCCCUGAUUCGGUUUACAGAACAAAUGAUGAGUUUAAACAGGCAAUAUCCCUAAGAGAGGAGGAAGAUGUUAAAUCUUUGGAGGAGAGGUUGGGCCGAUCACUAUCAAAGCAAGAAAGAAGUAGAAUAGGUGUAAGCAAACUUCGAUUCUUCUUGGAAGAAUUGCUGCAGAAAAGGUACAUGGAUAGUGUUCCAUUGAUCAUUCCACUUCUUGAAAAGGAGUACCGGAGCACAACAAGAAAGCUGAAUGAAAUAAAUCAGGAACUCAGCACCUUGGAUGAAGUAAAAUUAAAGGAGAAAGGAAGAACAUUUCAUGAUCUGUUCUUGACCAAGUUGUCAUUGUUAUUGAAGGGGACAGUUGUUGCACCUCCAGAUAAAUUUGGUGAAACACUACAAGACGAGAGAACUAAUGGAGGGGCAUUUGUUGCUUCUGAUGGUGUUCAGUUUCCUCACAAGUUAAUACCUAAUGCGGGAAUGCGUCUUUAUGGGGGUGCACAAUAUCACCGUGCCAUGGCUGAAUUCCGUUUUGUUGUUGGAGGAACUAAAUGCCCUCCAAUUACGCGGGAAGAAAUUGUAAAUGCCUGCGGAGUUGAAGAUAUUCAUGAUGGAACAAACUACUCUAGGACAGCUUGCGUAAUAGCUGUUGCAAAGGCUAGGGACACAUUUGAACCUUUUCUUCAUCAGUUGGGUGGUAGGCUCUUGCACAUUCUGAAGAGAUUGCUUCCUAUUUCUGUAUAUCUUCUACAAAAAGAUGGUGAGUACCUUAGCGGCCAUGAAGUGUUUCUCAGGCGCGUUGCUUCUGCCUUCAACAAAUUUGCUGAAUCUACUGAAAGAGCUUGCCGUGAAAAAUGUAUGGAGGAUUUAGUAAGCACCACCCGUUACGUCACCUGGUCCCUCCACAAUAAGAAUCGGGCUGGGUUACGUCAAUUUUUGGACUCAUUUGGAGGAGCAGAAGAGUCCACAAAUCCUUUAUCUGCUGGUCUUCACCAUGAUUCAUCAUUGGGGUCUGUUGCCAAUGAGAGGCAAUAUACUAAGCCAAGGGCAGAUGUAAAGCUCAGUCAUGUGGCCUCAAGCGCUGACUCUACCUCUUCUAUUCAGACAACGGAAACAAGGCUGGCUGACCUUCUAGAUAGCACUCUUUGGAACCGGAGGCUUGCUCCUUCAUCUGAAAGGCUUGUCUAUGCUUUGGUACAACAGAUAUUUCAUGGCAUAAGAGAAUAUUUCUUGGCAUCUGCCGAAUUAAAGUUCAACUGCUUCCUUCUAAUGCCAGUUGUAGACAAGUUGCCUGCACUCCUUCGGGAGGACUUGGAAUCUGCUUUUGAAGAUGACUUGGAUAAUAUCUUUGACAUCACUAACCUGCAACACUCAUUGGGCCUGCGGAAACAAGAUACAGAGAUUGAGCUGAAAAGGAUUAAGAGGCUUAAAGAGAAAUUCAAACAAAUACAUGAGCAGCUUAGUUCACAUCAAGUCGUGUUAAGGACAUCCAUGAUUUCCUUGGAGUGAUUUGUGAUCCAAGUUGCUGCAGAAUGAAAUGGUCAGAUGUGCGAUAACAUUAUUUAUAAUCCGUUUCUUUUCUGUUUGCACUUAUCCAUAGAAUAACGAUUGGGUACGUGGUCGUUUAAGAAUAUUCAUACUCAAAACCAUGCUUUAGAAGUACCUUUAGUUUGUUUCUCAUCAA